UUUCUCUCUUCUCAAAUUUCAGAUAAACACCUUAAAGUACGCUUAAAUGGUGCAUUUUCACAUCUUUGCUUUGCAUUGCAUGCUUACAUUGGUCUGACUUUUACUGUCAUUGCUGAGAAGUUAGAUUGGCAAGACAAUGAAAAAGAACUGAAAUGUUCUUUCUUUUGUAUUUGUGGUAAUCGCUUUGUUUGAUGUUGUAAAAAAAAAAUCCCCCCUGUAGGAACUAAUGUUGAGAGAUGAUCAGUUCCAGGGUCAAACUGUUCUGUCAAACCUUCUUUAACCCCAUCAUUAACUGUACAGGCAAUGUUGUAAGGAAUCCCUGUUUGAUAAAACUAAAUUGGCCCUUGAUGGCAUGUGUGUGGGAUGCUUUUGUAAAAAGUGUUUUAGUGCUCUGAACUAAACCCUAAACUGUAAACCAAAAACUAAACUUUAACUAUAAAUUAAGUCUAAACUUCUAACUAAAGUCUAUACCGGAGGUGCCCAUUACGUUGACAGCAGGAUACCGCUUGAUUGUGAAGGUACUCUUGAGUCCAUGGCAUAAAUGUCACUUUGUAGAUGUCAUAGGUCAUCAGUCAGCUGACAUUAAGGCUGGGCGAUAUGGUCCAAACUGAAAUAAAAAUAGUAUAUCUCCUUUUUUAAAUAAAUAUAUUCAAUCUUCGGGUUCGGGUUCAGCGUCCAUCUCACGUUCCCCAUGACAACAGACGGUUAACUUCUUUAUCCAGCAACCUUUAUACCGUCUUUUUCGCUUUUCACUUCCACUAUGCAGCUUGUCUCCUUCAUAUCCCCUCGAGAUGUCCGGUUGCUCGGUGAAGCGAAGGGUGUUCAAUGCUAGCAGCUACUCCCCAGAAUGACAUCCACCGUCACUUUAGAGGAUGCUCUCUCCAACGUGGACCUGCUGGAGGAGCUGCCGCUGCCAGACCAGCAGCCAUGCAUCGAGCCCCUCCCCUCCUCGGUCAUGUACCAGCCCAACUUCAACACCAACUUUGAAGACCGCAACGCCUUUGUCACGGGCAUCGCCAGAUACAUUGAGCAGGCGACCGUCCACUCCAGCAUGAAUGAAAUGCUGGAGGAGGGGCAGGAGUACGCAAUCAUGCUCUACACCUGGAGGAGUUGCUCACGUGCAAUACCCCAGGUGAAAUGCAACGAGCAGCCCAACAGGGUGGAGAUCUACGAGAAGACCGUGGAGGUGCUGGAGCCUGAAGUCACCAAGCUGAUGAACUUCAUGUAUUUCCAGCGCACCGCCAUCGACCGCUUUUGCGGCGAGGUCCGCCGUCUUUGUCACACGGAGCGGCGGAAGGACUUUGUAUCCGAAGCGUACCUCCUGACCCUGGGGAAGUUCAUCAACAUGUUUGCUGUCCUCGACGAACUGAAGAACAUGAAGUGUAGCGUCAAGAAUGACCACUCUGCUUACAAGCGUGCUGCUCAGUUCCUCCGAAAAAUGUCUGAGCCCUCAUCCAUUCAGGAGUCUCAGAACCUGUCCAUGUUCCUGGCAAACCACAACAAGAUCACUCAGUCCUUGCAGCAGCAGCUGGAGGUGAUCAACGGCUACGAGGAGCUGCUGGCCGACAUCGUCAACCUGUGCGUGGACUACUACGAGAACAAGAUGUACCUCACCCCUGGCGAGAAACACAUGCUGCUCAAAGUCAUGGGCUUUGGCUUGUACCUCAUGGAUGGAAACAGCAGCAACAUCUACAAGCUGGAUGCCAAGAAGAGAAUCAACUUGACCAAGAUUGACAAGUUCUUCAAGCAACUCCAGGUGGUUCCUCUGUUCGGCGACAUGCAGAUCGAGUUGUCUAGGUACAUCAAGACCAGUGCUCACUUUGAAGAGAACAAGUCCAGAUGGACGUGUACGUCUAUAUCCAGCAGCCCCCAGUACAACAUCUGUGAGCAGAUGAUUCAGAUCCGUGAGGACCAUAUGCGCUUCAUCUCAGAGCUGGCCCGCUACAGUAACAGCGAGGUGGUGACUGGGUCAGGGCGUCAGGAGGCCCAGAAGACGGACAUGGAAUACAGGAAGCUGUUUGACUUGGCGCUGCAGGGCAUGCAGCUUCUCUCGCAGUGGAGCGCUCACGUCAUGGAAGUGUACUCCUGGAAACUGGUGCAUCCCACAGACAAGUACUCCAACAAGGAAUGCCCUGACAACGCUGAGGAAUACGAGCGUGCCACCCGCUACAACUACACCAGCGAGGAGAAGUUUGCCCUGGUGGAGGUGAUCGCCAUGAUAAAGGGGCUGCAGGUGCUGAUGGGCCGCAUGGAGAGCGUCUUCAACCACGCCAUCCGUCACACCAUUUAUUCAGCCCUGCAGGACUUCUCCCAGGUGACACUGCGCGACCCGCUGCGCCAGGCCAUCAAGAAGAAGAAGAACGUCGUCCAGAGUGUCCUCCAGGCCAUCCGGAAGACGGUGUGCGACUGGGAGACGGGUCGGGAACCGCACAACGACCCGGCCCUCCGCGGGGAAAAGGACCCCAAGGGUGGAUUUGACAUCAAGGUUCCUCGAAGAGCCGUGGGACCCUCCAGCACUCAGCUCUACAUGGUGAGGACCAUGCUGGAGUCCCUCAUUGCAGACAAAAGCGGCUCCAAGAAGACCCUUCGCAGCAGUCUGGAGGGCCCCACCAUCCUGGACAUCGAGAAAUUUCAUCGGGAAUCCUUCUUUUACACCCACCUGCUGAACUUCAGUGAAACCUUGCAGCACUGUUGCGACCUCUCCCAGCUGUGGUUCAGGGAAUUCUUCCUGGAGCUCACCAUGGGCCGCAGGAUCCAGUUCCCCAUUGAGAUGUCCAUGCCCUGGAUCCUCACAGACCACAUCCUGGAGACCAAGGAGUCGUCAAUGAUGGAGUAUGUACUGUACCCGCUGGAUUUGUACAACGACAGUGCGCACUAUGCCUUGACCAAGUUUAAGAAGCAGUUCCUGUACGACGAAAUUGAGGCCGAGGUGAACUUGUGCUUCGAUCAGUUUGUCUACAAGCUGGCUGAUCAGAUCUUUGCCUACUACAAGAUCCUCGCUGGAAGUCUCCUGCUGGACAAACGUUUGAGGGCUGACUGUAAGAACCAGGGAGCCAACAUUCCCUGGCCGGCCUCCAACCGCUACGAGACACUGCUGAAGCAGCGCCACGUCCAGCUCCUCGGACGAUCCAUUGACCUGAACAGGCUCAUCACUCAGAGGGUCUCGGCCGCGUUGUACAAGUCUCUUGAGCUGGCCAUCAACCGCUUUGAGAGCGAGGACCUCACAUCCAUCAUGGAACUGGAAGGUCUUCUGGAGAUCAACCGUAUGACACACAAGCUCCUCUGUAAGUUCCUGACGUUGGACAGCUUUGAUGCCAUGUUCCGUGAGGCCAACCACAAUGUGUCGGCGCCCUACGGUCGCAUCACGCUACACGUCUUCUGGGAGCUCAACUACGACUUCCUGCCCAACUACUGCUACAACGGCUCCACCAACAGGUUUGUGCGCACCGUCCUGCCCUUUUCCCAGGAGUUUCAGAGGGACAAGCCACCCAACGCUCAACCCCAGUACCUCUACGGAUCAAAGACCCUGAACCUGGCCUACAGCAGCAUCUUCAGCUGCUACAGGAACUUUGUGGGCCCGCCCCACAUCAAGGUGAUGUGCAGGCUGCUGGGCUACCAGGGCAUCGCUGUGGUGAUGGAGGAGCUGCUGAAGGUGGUGAAAAGCCUGCUCCAGGGCACCAUCAUGCAGUACGUGAAGACCCUGAUGGAGGUGAUGCCCAAGAUCUGUCGCCUCCCUCGCCAUGAGUACGGCUCACCAGGGAUCCUGGAGUUCUUCCACCACCAGCUGAAGGACAUCGUGGAGUACGCCGAGCUAAAGACGGUCUGCUUCCAGAACCUGAGGGAGGUCGGCAACGCUCUCCUCUUCUGCCUGCUCAGCGAGCAAAGUCUGUCGCAGGAAGAAGUGUGUGAUCUUCUGCACGCUGCCCCGUUCCAGAACAUUCUACCCAGGGUCCACGUGAAAGAAGGCGAGCGUCUUGACGCCAAGAUGAAGCGGCUGGAGGCCAAGUACACGGCGCUGCACAUGGUUCCGCUCAUCGAGCGCCUCGGCACGCCGCAGCAAAUCGCCAUCGCUCGUGAAGGCGACCUCCUGACCAAAGAGAGGCUGUGCUGCGGCCUGUCCAUGUUCGAGGUGAUCCUAGCACGCGUCCGCGGCUUCCUGGACGAUCCCAUCUGGCGGGGGCCCUUGCCCAGCAACGGCGUGAUGCAUGUGGACGAGUGCGUGGAGUUCCACCGCCUGUGGAGCGCCAUGCAGUUCGUUUACUGCAUCCCUGUAGGAGCGCACGAGUUCACCGUGGAGCAGUGCUUUGGAGACGGCCUCCACUGGGCCGGCUGCAUGAUCAUCGCCCUCCUGGGACAGCAGAGGCGUUUUGAUAUCCUGGACUUCAGCUACCACCUCCUCAAGGUGCAGAAACACGACGGCAAGGACGAGGUCAUCAAGAGCGUGCCCCUGAAGAAGAUGGUGGACAGGAUCCGCAAAUUCCAGGUCCUCAACAACGAAAUCUUUGCAAUCCUAAAUAAGUACCUGAAAUCCGGGGACGGAGAAAACAUGCCGGUGGAGCACGUGCGAUGCUUCCAGCCGCCCAUACACCAGUCGCUGGCCAGCAGCUGAGGUGCACCCACGCUCCGGCCCCCCCCCCUCCCAGACAAUCCACUUGUAGUUUGGCUUCCUUAGAAAAGGACCAUUCACCUUUUGUUUCUAUUCACUUGUGCCUUAUGAAAAGCAGUUUUAUACUUGCAGUACAAUAGAUGGCGUUUUAAGACUUAUGGAAUAUUUAAAUGUUUGAGGUGGUGGAAGGUUGAAGUGCGGGGAUUUUUCUAUUUUGACCAACAUGCAUGCUGAAACUUUUUUUUUUUUUUUAAGUAACAUUUAUAAGAAUUGUACCUUGACUUUCCUCAAAUGGUGUAAUAAUCAUUUUUAUUUCAAUAAAUAUGUAACAAAUCUGUGGCUUCAUCUCAAGAGC